AGGGCUGGGGGAACAGGCUCUGCUCCUCACACGGACGGCAGGAAGGAGCACUCGGAGGAGAGCGUCGCGGGAGGGCAGUGACGAUGGACCUGAUCCCGAGCUUCUCCACGGAAGCCUGGGCGCUCCUGGCUGCCUGCCUGGGGCUCCUCUAUCUGUAUGGAACCUCCUCAUUUAGGACUUUUAAGAAGCUGAGAAUUCCGGGACCAACACCUCUGCCUUUUGUGGGAACUGCUCUGUCUUACCGCAAGGGUUUUUGGGCUUUUGACAUGGAAUGUUUUAAGAAGUAUGGGAAAAUGUGGGGGAUUUUUGAUGGGCGGCAGCCUGUGCUGGCCAUCACGGAUCCAGACAUGAUCAAGACCGUGCUGGUGAAAGAAUGUUAUUCCACCUUCACAAACCGGCGGUUCAUUGGUCCAGUGGGAUUCAUGAAACAUGCCGUCUCCAUAUCUGAGGAUGAAGAGUGGAAGAGAUUACGAACACUGCUGUCCCCAACAUUCACCAGUGGAAAGCUCAAGGAGAUGUUCCCCAUCAUUGGCCGGUACGGAGAUGUGUUGGUGAAGAACCUCAGGAGGGAAGCAGAGAGGGGCAAGCCUGUCACCCUGAAAGACGUCUUCGGGGCCUACAGCCUGGACGUCAUCACGAGCACGUCAUUUGGGGUGAAUGUGGACUCCCUCAGCAACCCCCAGGACCCCUUUGUACAGAAAGUCAAGAAGCUCGUAAAGUUUGACUUCUUAGACCCACUCUUCUUCUCAAUAAUGCUCUUUCCAUUUCUUACACCAUUAUUUGAAGCAAUAAGUAUCUCUAUCUUUCCAAAAGAUGCUAUUGAUUUUUUAACACAUUCCGUUAAAAAGAUGAAAGAAAGUCGCCUCAAAGAUAAUCAAAAGCACCGAGUGGAUUUUCUUCAGCUGAUGAUUGACUCCCAGAAUUCCCAGGAAACUGAGUCCCACAAAGCUCUGAAUGAUCUGGAGCUUGUAGCUCAAUCAAUUAUCUUUAUCUUCGCCGGCUACGAGACCACUAGCAGUGUUCUCUCCUUCCUUAUGUAUGAGCUGGCCAUGCACCCUGAUGUCCAGAAGAAACUGCAGGAGGAGAUUGAUGCAGCCUUGCCCAAUAAGGCACCAGCCACAUACAAUGCCAUGGUCCAGAUGGAGUAUCUUGACAUGGUGGUGAAUGAGACUCUCAGAAUGUAUCCAAUCGCUGGCAGAAUUGAGAGGGUCUGUAAAAGAGAUGUUGAAAUCAAUGGGGUGUAUAUUCCCAAAGGGAUGGUGGUGAUGAUUCCAUCCUAUACUCUCCACCGAACCCCAGAGAUCUGGCCAGAGCCUGAGGAGUUCCGCCCUGAAAGGUUCAGUAAGGAGAACAAGGAGAACAUAGAUCCCUACUUAUACAUGCCCUUUGGAACUGGACCCCGAAACUGCAUUGGCAUGAGGUUCGCACUCAUGAGCCUCAAAGUGGCGCUCAUCAGUGUCCUGCAGCACUUCUCCUUCAAACCUUGUAAAGAGACUCAGAUCCCACUGAAAUUAAGCCAUCAAGCAAUGCUUACGCCUACAGUACCUAUCGUUCUAAAGGUUGAGCCAAGAGAAGGAAUUGUAAGUGCAGCUUGACUUUCCCUAAGAACUUCUGCUUUGUCCUUCAAGGAAGCUGAGUCCAAGACAACCAGACAGCUCACUUUACUUUGGGAAUAAAAUUCAGAAAUGAGGAGGGAUUUAA